AAAUACAUCAACAAAAAAAAUAAACAAAGAGGAAACAACAAAAAUAGAAUGGCUAAGUUCAUUGCUGUCUUCAUUGUAGUCGCCUUUUUGUUUGCUACUCAGUUUUCUAAUGCAAAUGAAUUACAAAAUCCUUCGGAGUCAAUCCACACGCAAGGAAGAGAGGGUUCACUUAAAGCUGGAGAGUGUCCAGCAGCAUGUAAUGUUCGAUGUUCAGCAACAUCUCACAAGAGUGCAUGUUUGAUGUACUGCAACCAAUGUUGCAAUAAAUGUUUGUGUGUACCAUCGGGAACAUAUGGUCACAAAGAAGAAUGUCCUUGUUACAACAACUGGAAAACCCAAGAAGUCGCCUUUUUGUUUGCUACUCAGUUUUCUAAUCAAGGAAGAGAGGGUUCACUUAAAGCUGGAGAGUGUCCAGCAGCAUGUAAUGUUCGAUGUUCAGCAACAUCUCACAAGAGUGCAUGUUUGAUGUACUGCAACCAAUGUUGCAAUAAAUGUUUGUGUGUACCAUCGGGAACAUAUAGUCACAAAGAAGAAUGUCCUUGUUACAACAACUGGAAAACCCAAGAAGGUGGACCAAAAUGUCCUUAAUUGUCUUGAUUUACAAAUGUCUUUUGUUUUUGUUUUGAUUUUGAUAAACUCUAUGUAUACGCCCUAUCAUGGUGAUUAUUUUGAUAGUUGAAAUCAAAUAAACAAGUUUUUUUUUAUAAAGAAAAUAACAUAUAA